UGGCGACCACGACACCCACUAGGUAAUGACAGAAAUUUCUCUGCAUAUCUUCUUCGGUCAUUGCCUCUCAAUCCCCAUUUUCUUUUUUACCCAUCUCUCCAUCCUCACAGUUUAUGGCUUCCAUACUACAGAAAUUAGUCCGCUUAUUUUCCUCACUCCUUUUCCAUCUUAUUCCUUUACUAGUAUUUUCUGUUCAUGUUCUUACUUCUGCAUCCCGUGCUGCUGUUCAAACUGAAGAAGCAGAAGCAGAUUCUCUUCUGAGAUGGAAGGCCUCUCUUGAUAAUCAAAGCCAAUAUUUCCUGUCUUCUUGGAAUACUACUGCUGGCAGACCCUGCAAUUGGUUCGGUAUCCACUGCAAUGAGGCAGGAAGUGUCUCCAAUAUAAGCCUUACAGAUUCUGGUUUGGAAGGUACGCUUCAGAGUUUCAGCUUUCCAUCAUUUCCCAAUCUUGUCACGCUUAACCUUAGUAAUAACUCUUUCCAUGGGAACAUUCCUUCCCAUAUUGGCAAUCUAUCCAAGCUCAAAAUCCUUGAUUUUUCUGUCAAUGAAAUCUCUGGUUCCAUUCCCCAAGAAAUUGGGACGUUGAAUUCUCUCACGUAUAUUGAUUUAUCAGACAAUUUUCUCACUGGUACAAUACCAGCUUCUAUAGGGAAUUUGACAGCAUUGCCAAUUCUCUACAUUCAAAGGAACCAACUUUCAGGCUCCCUACCUCAAGAACUUGGAAUGUUGAAAUUUGUCACUGAGAUUUUUUUCUCAGGAAAUAGUCUCACUGGUAUAAUCCCAAUUUCCAUAGGUAACUUGACAAAUCUUUGGGCUCUUUAUCUUGAUAGCAACCAACUUUCUGGUUCCAUACCUCAAGAAAUUGGCAUGCUCAGAUCACUUUUAGAACUUGCUUUGUCACAUAAUAAUCUCACUGGUCCAAUUCCUACUUCUAUAGGAAACUUGACAACGUUAUCUUAUCUUUAUCUUACUGAUAACCAACUUUCGAAUUCCUUACCUAGAGAAAUUGGGAAGUUGACAAAGCUAACUAGACUCUUCCUUGAAAUGAAUGACCUUUCUGGAACUCUCCCUUUAGAGAUGAACAACUUCACUCUUUUGGAACUUUUCAUAAUAUAUUCAAAUAGAUUCACUGGCCAGUUACCACAAGACAUAUGCAUUGGUGGAGGUCUCAAGUCUUUUGCUAUUCAUGGAAAUGACUUCACGGGUCCCAUCCCAAGAAGCCUGAGAAAUUGUAGCAGGUUAUUGAGACUCCAUCUUGAGGCCAACCAACUCACUGGAAACAUAUCUGAAUAUUAUGGCAUAUACCCACAGUUGAACUUCAUGGAUUUGGGCGAUAACAAAUUCUAUGGUGAGCUUUCAUGGAAAUGGGAAGGUUUUGGCAACUUGUCAACGCUGAAAAUCUCCAAUAAUAAUAUUUCUGGUACAAUACCAGCUGACAUCGGGAUGGCAGCUCAAUUGCAUUUACUUGAUCUCUCAUCAAAUCACCUUGCAGGGAAGAUUCCAAAGGAAUUGGGGAAGUUAACAUUGUUUGAACUUUCUCUUGAUGAUAACGAACUUUCAGGUGGCAUUCCUGAAGAAAUUGGAUUAUUAUCUGUUCUUGAGCGUCUUCAAUUGGCAGCUAACAAUCUAAGUGGAGCAAUUCCCAAACAGCUUGGAGAUUGCUCAAAGCUAUUGUUCUUGAAUCUCAGCAUGAACAAAUUCUCAGGGAGUAUUCCUGUAGAGUUGGGCAAUUUACGCACUCUUGAAAGUCUUGAUCUCAGUCAAAAUUUGUUAACAGCAGUGAUACCACCACAACUUGGUGAGUUGCAAAGAAUGGAGACAUUGAACCUCUCCCACAAUUUACUUUCAGGCUCCAUUCCAACUACUUUUGAUUAUUUAUCGAGCCUGAGUGUUGUAAAUAUAUCCUGUAAUAAGUUAGAGGGCCCAAUUCCCCACAAUAAAGCCUUUCAACAGGCUCCAUUUGAAGCACUUCAAAACAACAGACACCUGUGUGGCAAUAACACUGGACUAGAGGCUUGUGCCUUAGUUGCAAUCAACAAAGCUAUCAGAAAAAAAGAUAGUAAACCGGUUGCUGUUGUUGUCAUUACCAUCGUGUGUAGUCUGUUUCUAUUUAUUGUCUUGGUUGGGGGUUUCUUUCGCCGCCACCAAAGAAUUAGAAACAGAAAAGCUAAGUCAGAGGAAGGGCCGAGUGGUGAAGAUAUUUAUGCAAUGUGGGGUUGUAAUAAGGAUAUGCAAUAUGAAAACAUUGUUAAGGCUACAGAGGAGUUCAACCCCAAGUAUUGCGUUGGGAUUGGAGGAUAUGGAAUCGUCUACAAAGCUGUGCUGCCAACUGGUCGAGUGGUUGCUGUAAAGAAACUUCACCAGUCACAAAAUGGAGAGAUGGCUGAUUUCAAAGCGUUUAAAAGUGAGAUUUGUGCAUUGAUAAACAUACGUCAUCGAAAUAUUGUGAAGUUACAUGGUUUUUGUUCACACACCAAACUCUCAUUUUUGGUUUAUGAAUUCAUAGAAAGGGGAAGUGUAAGAAAUAUUUUAAGCAAUGAAGAACUAGCAGUGGAGUUGAAUUGGUUUAGGAGGCUACAUGUUGUUAAGGGAAUAGCUAAUGCAUUGACCUAUAUGCACCAUGACUGCUCUCCUUCAAUCAUCCAUCGAGACAUUUCCAGUAACAAUGUUCUAUUGAAUUCAGAGUUUGAGGCUCAUGUCUCUGAUUUUGGAACAGCUAGGAUCUUAAUGCCAGACUCGUCAAAUUGGACCUCAUUUGCAGGCACAUUCGGGUACUCGGCACCAGAGUUAGCUUACACCAUGAUCGUCAAUGAAAAAUGCGAUGUUUACAGUUUUGGUGUGGUGACACUUGAAAUUCUAAUGGGAAGACAUCCAGGUGGUUUCAUUUCAUCUCUUUCACAGAUGAAUCAUACUACACUACUUAAGGAUGUGAUUGAUCAACGUCUCCCAACUCCUCAAAACGAAGCUGCUGAAGGAGUAAUACAUAUUGCACAACUCGCACUUGCCUGCUUGAGUGUCAAUCCGCAAUCUCGCCCAACCAUGAAACAAGUUUCUUCACAGCUGAUAAAUAAAUGGCAUCCAUUGACUAAGCCAUUCUCAGAAGUAAAUUUGGGAGAAAAUUUUUUUUCAAGGAGGUGUCAGUAGCUAAGCCUUUGAAAAAGUGUUUUAAUGCUGUGUAUGAAUGCAUGUUUGAUUGUUAAUUCCCUUUUUACUUUCCCUGCUUCACACUCUUUGCUUGUCCUGUAUAAAAAUGUAAUAUAAUGUUAUUGUCAUCUUAAUCAUGAGUUCUCCGCAGAACUCUGACUAAAAUUAAUUUGAUAUUUCACAUCUGA